AUGAAGGGACCACCAGUCAUGUUUCUGAAAAGGAUUAUAAUUAUAGUGCACAUCCUUCUAGUAGUGCUGGCUCAGAGCAACUAUCAAGCUUACGAAUUUGAUGACACUGAUUGUCCUGUUGAAAUUCAGGUUAAAAGAAACUCCCAGUACACAGGUUAUCUUGGGAGCUCCUUAGUUAUCUACUGUCCGGUUCAUUACUGCAAGGAGAGGCCUGUCAUGAAGUGGUGCAAGAUAGAAGGGAAUGAAUGCGUGCUGCUGAAAGACAGCAAAGUACUCUGGAGGACCCACAAGAAGUUUAUUCUGGAGUUUUUCUCAAUUCAUCACAACGACAGUGGCACUUACCGUUGUCGAGCGACAGCAGGCACCUACGCCAGCGAGAGCCAUGGGAUAAGGGUAGUUGUUGAAGAAAAGCCUGCAGACAUCAUGACAAGUUCACCAGAAAAUACCACUGCUACCUCAGAAGAAUUGCAAGAAUCUGGAAAUGACAAGAUAUUGCACAUUAUUUAUGCUGCAUUAUCCUUGCCUAUGUGUUCUCUACUCAUCCUCAUAUGCAUAUUUUGGUGUUUCAGGAGAUACCAUGCAAAGCAGAAGAGAACUCCAUUAACUCCACAGAGACAAGACAGCCUGGUGGGAGCUCCAGCAGCUAUCUCACACCACCCUGCGGGGACAACUCCAGCUUCCGAGGAAAGCUCCUCGCUUUACUGCUCCAUGGCCAGCUUGCAGCAGCCCUCUGGAGGCCAUACAAUCUACGACAAYGAUGUCCCUCGGUGGGAUGCGCACAGGAGAGCACCUAAAGCACCUUGUAACCACCCUGCGAUCCCUUCCACGUCAGCUGUACCUGAAAGCCAAGACGUCCUCAUUUAUGCUGCACUAGAACAUUCUGCUCCUGCAGAAGGAUGCCGAAGAAGGGAGYUAAUGGUAGAAAAUGAAUUUACUGAAUAUGCCUCUGUUAAUGUAAAAAAUAAACCUGCCCAGGACUCCUCCCGUCACCCACGUUGUGUGCGGUCCCAGGUCUAG